UAUUGGUGACCUUCAUAAGAGGAUUGGAAGUCCGCGCAGUUAUCUCUCUGGUGAAGUAUUCAACGAUCGUGGCAUCGAUAAACUUCAAACAGACAACAGGAUCAAAUAUGUCAGCCAUUCAAAGAGUCUGUGUUUUCGUGUUCCUAUUCGUCGCGUGUACGGAAGCUGCCGGUGAAUUUUGCAAAGAUAUCGAUGAAAAUGCAUGUAAAUUACUCCUAGGUACGCGAAAUGAUAUGUGUCAAGACAGCUGCUUUGCUGAUGUGUGCAGGAAAACUUGCAACAUGUGCCCUUUGGUUUGUUAUCAGUGCAACCGUGAAUUUUAUCCCGAGAUGUGUAAGAAGAAAAUCCAAUGUAACGACACACAGAUGUGUGUUGCGUCCCAGGAGCUUUCUGUUGAUUUUCUUCCUGUGUAUGUCUCCGGUUGCAUGGAAAAACAGACAUGUUUAGACAUCUUUGGAGAAAUCAACACAGGUAUAACAAGAAGAUCCAAACUUGUGAUGGGACCAAAACGAGACUAUGCACUAAACGGAAGUUGCUGCGACCACGACCUGUGCAACGAACACGAUCCUCAAAACACCGCAACAGAGCUACCCUCGACGGUGGUCCGACCGACCGCUGCCACCGUGCAAUACGAUAACACUUGUGAGUUAUCGGACAUGAACACCGAGAUGUGCAGGAACCUCUCACAAGCCGACCCCAAUCUGUGCUCAAGGCCGUGUUUUGCCCAGAAAAUCUGUCCAACAACUUGUCAGACAUGUCGCAUGUGCUACAAGUGUGUGAAUGUGAAUGAUCCAACAAGCUGCGUCAAAUCACAGAUAUGCAACAAAAACCAGCAAUGCAUUGUACUGCACACUUUGGAUGAUUCCUUUAACCCCACCUAUAAGCUUGGAUGUGCCGAUACUAGCAUUUGUCAAGCCUACUUUGGUGGUGUUGGGACGUCAGGAAUUGUGGGCGUGGCCGGACGAAAGAGGAGAGAGGAGGGGCUCGCUGGUCACUGCUGCGACACCGACUACUGCAACGGACCCCCACCUACGACGACCCCUAAGAUGACAACAUCACAUGGACACACUGUUUGGGUUUCAGUGACACAAACAAACAACCAUACAAGUCACACAAAAUCGACAGUACCGACUACUACACUGCCCAUCCCAACGCAGACAACAUUUGCACCUGAUCCAGCAUGUAAAGAUAUAAGCAGCAACUGUGGUGUGGUCUCUCAGAGCAUCCUAUGUAGCUCUAAAGAUAACACAAGUCGGAAUUACGCUAUAGAAAACUGCCCGAGCACCUGUCAUCUCUGUAAAGAGUACGAAGCAUGGGUAAAUUCUCAAGUGUCCACUACACCGAUGACCACACCUUUCCCGUGUGUCGAUGAACUUCCAAGCUGUUCCGUUUACGGCCCCGUCUUUUGCUUGGACACCACCCCAGCCACUCGUCAUUACGUCAUCCAAUACUGUGCAUUAACUUGUAAUGUCUGCAAGGAGUAUUUUGCAUACAAACAGCAACAUGGAUCAAUUUCUUCAGGAUAACUUUUUUAAAUAAAAUUAUCUAAAAAGAGAA